AUGGACUUAUUCGUGUACAUCACGUCGGAUCUCACGGCGUCCGAAAGAAGAAUCUCGCCACAGUGGCUGGUGCAGUACUUUUUGCAAAGAUUGGAGCAAAUCACCGGCGUGGAGACUGCCUUCCAGACUCUACACUACUAUCCUGUCAAGACCUCCAGUGAGUACCAGGUUGUCCACAAAGCCGGUGAAAAGACCGACAAAAACGUGUCUGAUUUGGGAAUUGCCGCUUAUUCAAGAAUACACGUGAUUGACGAAAACCCGGACCUGACGCUAGCGGCGUUGGAAGAUAACUCAGAAGGAUUCCAGCUUUCAGAGGAGGAGUACGCCAAGCGAAACAACACGGUGCUUCUGUGGAAGAAACAGAACCAACUCGGCCGUUUUGAUCCGAAAUUUGACGAACAGCAGAGAUUGAUCCAGGAGCAGAACGAGAGACUUGCUGAAGGGAUCACUGUGGGAAGCAGGUGCCGUGUUAUCAACAUAGCCAGUGAGAGGAGGGGCGUUGUCAGGUACGUUGGCAAGAUUCAGGAGCUCGAUGAAGGUGAGAGCUUUUGGGUGGGAAUUGAGUUUGACGAGCCUGUGGGUAAAAACGACGGUCUGAUUGGACUGCUUCGUGUUUUUGAAGCGAAGCCAAAUCACGGCAGCUUUGUGAGACCCAAGCAGGUCGAAGUUGGUGACUUUCCUGAGCUCGAUCCAUUUGCCAGCGAUGAAGAGGAGAUUUAG